AUGUCGACGUCGCCGCAAAAGUUCAUGGGCGGGAGACAUAUUUUGUUAAUUGGUGACUACUUGCAACUUCCUCCUAUCGGGGGCUAUCCAUGCUUCCGACCACCACCUUGUACAGCUAAUCGUCUUCGACACGCCGGUUACGCACUGUAUUCAGCAAUUAAUCUUGUUAUCUUCUUGACACAGGACAUGCGAGCACGAACGGAUCCCGUAUACACCGAAAUUCUCGACUGCCUUCACUGGGGGCGUCUUUCUGAUGAAUAA